AUGAGUGUGGAAAUAUUGGAUAGUGCUACCAUCGUCAACUUCGUCGAAGAUGAUGUAGCUUUUGGUGCAUUCAUAAGAGAUCGUUUUGCUCACCUAGAUACCAACCAUGAUGGUCUCCUUUCCUACAGUGAGAUGUUGGAGGAGUUGCAUACCCUCAGGGUUUUCGAGACCCAUUUUGGAAUUGAUGUGAAGCCUGAUCCCGAAGAGCUUUCUUCUGUCUAUAGUUCUCUGUUUUUGCAGUUUGAUCAUGACUCGAGUGGAACAGUUGAUCUGGAUGAGUUUAAGGCUGAGACCAAAAGGAUGAUGUUAGAUAUGGCUAAUGGGAUGGGAUUCUUACCUGUUCAGAUGGUGCUAGAAGAGGGAAGCUUCUUGAUGAAGGCUGUUGAGAGGGAAACCGCAAUAACGGCCGCUUGAUCAUUCUGAUUGCUCUUAUAAUGAAUUACUGAGAUAAUUUACCUUUUACUUGCUGUAUUAGUAAAUUCAAGAAUCAAUUCAGAAGAGUGGUUUUUCUCAACUGAAAUAAAACAUAUCGUUUUGCUUUUUCAA